AUGAAGUGGGAUGAAUUUAGAUUCAACAGCAAAGAUUACAGAAAUUGCAGACUUUUUUUUCAUUAUUCGUUAGGAGGAAUGAUUCUACCUAUUCAUGCUUAUUCAGUUGCUCAAGCAGAAAUAACUCUUCAAUGUCAAAGUGGAUUUAGACUUACCAAAUAUCAGACAAUAAAUAUUGAAAUGACGCAGUUUACGACAGUUUCAUAUCGACAUCGAUCAAACUUUCAGCACUAA